AGACAAGAAAAAAUGGGGAGAGUAAAAAUACAGAUUAAAAGAAUAAAUGAUAGGCAACAAAGAAAUAUUGCAUUCGCCAAAAGAAAAAAUGGGCUUUUAAAGAAAGCUUAUGAACUCUUUGUUCUAUGUAAUGUACCAGUUGCUCUCAUUCUUUUCUCUCCUUCUGGUAAACUCUUCGUCUUUUAUGCCAAAGAGAGACCCGAAGAGAUUAUAUGCAAGUUUCUUGCUCGGGCUGUACGCACACGCCUCCCUCAUGAACCGAAUAUACAACGGUUGGUCAUGCAGAUGCGUUCAGAAACCAAGUGCAGUGACGAGAGUCUUGACGAUGGGCUUCGUUAUCUAAUUCAACCAAAGGAGAUCGAAGAUGAGAUCGAAGAAGUCAAUGCACGACUGGCCGAAGUGGAAAAACAAUUGGAGCGUUUCCUGGAAAUACCAGAUCAGUGGGAAUCACUAGCUGAACUUAAACGUCGAGAGGAAGAUUUCCAGAAGACGUUGGAUAUAGUUCAAUCUCGGAAGCGAGAUUUGAAGCCUGGAAAUUUCGUCAGUGGAAUAAAAAAAUUCUUGAGGAUUUAAGCAAAAUUAAUUUUUAUAUCGGAAAAUAAGCUUUGAAAUCGUUUGUAUAAGAAAACUGCAUCUUAGUAAAAUAACAUCCUAAACUCAA